AAAGACUAGAAAGGAAACAAAGCGAACUUUGAAGAAACUUUAAAAUCACGAUGUCAACAAACGAGUUCUUUCCAGGUAUUGGGAAGAUUCCCUACGCUACUAAUGCUGGCCCCCAAGAUGUGUUGUGCUUUAAAUAUUACAAUGCUGAGGAGGUGUUUCGUGGAAGAACAAUGGAGGACUGGCUGAGAUUUUCAGUAUGUUAUUGGCACUCUUUCUGUGGCACUGGUGCGGACCCCUUUGGAUUUCCCACUCUCAGCAGGCCUUGGAAUGAAGGAGAGAAUCCCAUGGAUAUGGCAAAGAGAAGGCUCUAUGCAGCCUUUGAGUUCUUCACCAAACUGGGUGUAAAAUACUACACAUUUCAUGACAGAGACAUGGCCCCGGAGGGCUCCACUCUUGAGGAAACCAACAAGAAUCUGGAUGAAAUUACAGACCUGGCCUUACAGCUCCAGAGGCAGACAGGGGUUAAAGUACUCUGGGUCACCUGUAACCUCUUUGCCCAUCCAAGGUAUAUGAAUGGUGCCUCCACAAAUCCUGACUGCCAUGUUUUGGCUUAUGCUGCAGCUCAGGUGAAAAAAGGGCUCGACAUUGCCAAGAAACUAGAGGCUGAGAAUUUUGUCUUUUGGGGAGGCAGAGAAGGCUUUCAGUCCAUUCACAACACGGACGUAGCUGCUGAACUGAAACACAUGGCCAACUUUUUUAAAAUGGCAGUGGCUUACAAAGACAAGAUUGGACUGAAAUGCCAAUUUCUUAUUGAGCCCAAACCCAAAGAGCCAUGCAAACAUCAGUAUGACUACGAUGCAAUGACCGUCAUUGCUUUUCUUAAACACUUUGGACUGGACAAACACUUCAAACUAAACAUUGAGCCCAACCACACUACUCUGGCUGGCCAUUCUUAUGAGCACGACAUUGUCAUGGCCUCUGCGUUUGGAAUGCUUGGCUCUGUUGACUCAAACACAGGGUCCCCUGAUCUUGGCUGGGACACUGACCAGUUCCCCAUGGAUACCAGAAACACAACCAUGGUGAUGAAGACCGUUAUUGAGCAAGGCGGUCUUCAGCCUGGAGGUUUAAAUUUUGAUGCUAAGGUUCGCAGAGAGUCUACUGAUACAGAGGACCUGUUCAUUGCGCACAUUGGUGCCAUGGAUGCCUUUGCUCGUGGUCUGAGAAAUGCCGUGAAGAUCAUUGAGGAUGGAGUGAUUAACACUAUGCUAAAGGAGCGGUACAUGAGUUUCAGUCAUGGGAUAGGACAGAGAGUGAGCAAUGGCAGUGCUUCAUUUGAAGAACUGGAGGAGUUCAUCAAGCAAAAUGGGGAGCCCAAAGUUACUUCAGGAAAGCAAGAAAAAUAUGAAUCUGUCUUUAAUCGUUAUUUGUGAGGCUCCGUUUUUUUCCCUGCAAAUGUAACCUUUAGUCCAUGGAUUCAGAAUAGUGCUGAAUGAUUAAAUAUUAAUGGUAGUCUUUUAUUGUCAUUGUUAUGUCAAAUGUCAUGUAGUUAGCUGAGAGUACUAACUCAUAGACUGACACGAAAAUAUGUGACAUCUCUGUCAUUUCAGCUCUUAAUUGAUUUGUAGGUUGCAUUAAAACAAAAUUAAUCAAUUUCUCAUACAUUGGUGUUAUUCUAUAAGAGUACUGCUU